UGAUUGGUUGCGGUUGAUUCACGCUGUAUGUAAAUCCAGCGGAGCAAUGGAGCAAGCAAUGGAGAAGAUAAGAACACGUGUGAGCUUAGAAGAACACGACGUGAAAGAUGUUCACAGCACAGAUUUUCCAGGUACAUACCAGGGUUAUGAUGACAGCUGGAAUCAAAAGAAGUUCGAAAAGAACUUUAAGAUUGAUGUGAAGCGACUAACGGACUCGGAGAUGGAAUUCGAUAUGAUUGGAAUAGACACUGCCAUUGCCAACGCAUUCCGGAGGAUUUUACUAUCUGAGGUGCCAACAGUUGCUGUGGAGAAGGUUUUCAUAUACAAUAACACGUCAAUAAUACAGGAUGAGGUGCUAGCUCACAGGUUAGGACUUAUUCCUAUAUGUGCUGAUCCACGGCUUUUCGAGUACAGAACAGAAGAUCAAGAAGAGCCUACGGAAAUGGACACAAUUGAAUUCCAGUUAAAAGUGAGAUGUAUGAAAAAUACACAUGCUCCGAAAGAUGCCACAGAUCCUGAUGAGCUAUUCAAAGAUCAUAAAGUGUUAACAAAGCAUAUGAAGUGGAUACCUAUUGGCAAUCAAGCAGAUCUAUAUGGUAAGAAUGCAUUCCGGCCAGUACACGAUGACAUUCUAAUAGCUAAACUACGACCAGGACAGGAGAUCGAUUGCCGUGUACACUGUGUGAAGGGCAUAGGAAAAGAUCACGCAAAGUUUUCCCCAGUUGCAACUGCUUCUUACAGACUUCUGCCCGAAAUCAAACUGGUGAAAACAGUAGAAGGAGAUCUAGCUGAACUGCUGCAAACCUGUUUUUCUUCGGGGGUCAUAGAGGUGGAGGAAUCCAAUGGGGUGAAGCGAGCGAGGGUCGCCGACGCAAGACGCGACAUGUGCAGUAGAAACGUCUUCCGGCACGAGGAGCUGAAGGACUGCAUCACGCUGACUCGCGUCAGGGACCACUUCAUCUUUUCGGUGGAGUCGACGGGCGUGCUGCCCCCGGACGUCCUAGUGACGGAGGCCAUCAAGGUUCUCAUGUCCAAAUGUCGCGCCUUUGUCACCGAGAUGCAUGAGCAGAGGAGCAAGUAGUAAGCGCGAGGGGGACGGCUUCCACGUGCAAUUGUGCGUAAUGUGGGGGACGGUGUGGCGCAUAGGUUGCGCCAUCUGGCUGCAGUGAGGUGAAGUUUGUAAAAAAGGUGGGUCUGUGGUUCAGCUCGGUGCCUGCUUGUGUGCACAGCUGCAGUUUGAUCGUGGAGAAGAAAGAUUUUUGUUAUCGUGAAUGUGUUACAUAUUAAAACCUGUAUUUAUGAGCUAACCGUACUCUUAA